AUGGGAUCUAGUGAUGAUGAGUGGCAAAAUCCCCCAGUGUUCCCGGGUGGAAGGCGUCCUGGUGCUGGUGGUAGCGGUGAGAAUGCCAUGUUAGCUGCGCGGAGACGUGCAAUGCAAGAAAGGCGGGAGGCGGAUUCUUCACAACGUGGUGGUUUGGCAUCAGGACCGGUUGUACAACCAAGUGGUAAGGCUGUUGAGAGCUUGCCGUGGGAUGAUUCAUCGGAUAGUGUAAAACAACAACCUCAGCGGCCACAAAUGCAGGUGCAGGUGCCUCCCCCUCAGGCUGCCAGUGCUGUGACGGAGGAAAUGCUUGAGACUCUACGACGUGAUCUGGAGGCUAAGAAAAAAGUUUUGUCAGCGGCAAAGGAAAAGGAGGAGGCUUUGAGGGAGCAAUGGCGGGCACAAAAGGCCCAGCGAAUGGCUCAGAUUGCCCAACUAGACGAGAAGAUUCGCCGCCAACAGGAUGCCGUAGAGGAUGUAAAGGCAGUAGCUGAGAGGGAGCUCCGUGAUGCAGAAGCGGCACAGCAGCAGCGCCUAAGAGAAGAAAAGGAAAGAAUGGAGAUGGAGAUUCGCGAGCAGUAUGAGCCCCUAAUUGCCGAGCAGCGGGCGCAACUAAAGGAACUUCAGGCGAAGGAGACAAAACUUCAAGCCGAACUCAACGCCGGCGAUAAUGCCAAGGAUCUCGUGAACCGGUGCAUAAGUAGUGCACUCGCCACUAUAUUGCAACGUGUGGAAGGAAUGUUUGCUGAGGACACAUCCACGAUGAACGAGUGGGAAAAUGAUGUUCAACGUCUUGUGCGAAACGAGGUUCGUUCCUCUUUUGCUGUAGCCAAUGACACCGAGGCACAAAGGGAGCGGGAGGAAUACCAGCGUUAUUUUGAGGAUACCCUUGAUUUUUGGAGGCGGGCCGAAGCGGAACAACGGGAACGUGUGCUCAAAAUGGAUGAGCAGCUACUUCUUGACCUUCAAUCGAUGGUGCACGAUGACCUCGAUCGACUCCAGCGGGAGGAAUUCAACAUGGAGGAAUUAUAUGUACAAUCCCGUGAGACUUGGGCGGAACAGCACCAGCAAUUGUUACAACGCGAGUUGAACGCGGCCAUGUCCCGUCGCGCAGCCGAAUUUGAAGAGCAGCGUGCCGCACGCCACGAGCUGCAUCUUGAGCGGAUGAAAGUUGCAGAAGAGAGACACCAUGAAACGGUUCAAAAACUCCGUUGGUUCCAUGAGAAACAAAUGACGCUGCUGCGAGAGCAAUACGCGAAGGAGCAACGUCUUGAGGAGCAGCGUAUGAUGUUAGCCUCUGCGGCACAGGAAGACGUCGCACGUGCGACAGAGGAAUUUGGCCACGUUGCUGACGCAGUGGAGGGGUUAUUGCAGUUGCUUAAAGACUAUCGUCAGUCUGUUGACGAGGGCCGCGCAUCCAUCGACGAGGAGAGGCGCCGUACGCUUGAAGCUCGGGAGGCGACACUUAAUGCCUUGCAGGACAUCGUUUCAAAGCAAACUGUUGCAACAAAUGAUGAAUACACAUCUCUCUCAACAACACUGAACAAAUUAGAAACUGUGCGUGCCAUGGUGGAGCAACACCUUGAGGACGAACGCAUAUGGCUCGGUAAACAGGAAGCUUCCUUUGCACGCAGCAAAGCGGAGUGGGAGCGUGAGUACCGGCGCUGGAAACAGAUGGUGGAAAUGGAGAAAAGUCAGGUGCUUGAGCGUUAUAACGGCGUACUAAGUGAGUUACACCAAGUUGCAACGCUUUUAUCGGAGGAGGAACGUGAUGUGCAGACGGAACAGACCUCCAUUUCUUCGUGGCUGCGCCAUGUUAGCGAGGAAGCAGGUGCCGAGGUGCGGCAACUACAAAAGCGGGAAGAGGACCUUAAGGAAAGGCAGAUCAAAAUGCAGGCUCUCGGAGACGAAGUACAGACCAAAGGUUUUCAACUAAACGAACAAUGGGAGAAACUCCGAUUAGAACGACAACAGUUAGUAAACGAAGAGAAUGUGCUCAGGGAGGAUGAGGCGAAGUUGCGCCAAACGAGUCAUUAUCUUCGAAUGCUUCAGGCACAAAUUGAGGGCACUAAGAUCGAAUCGGUGGCGGCAAAAGAUCGCGUACGUUCCCUUCAGUGCGAACUUUUGGCAUCCAGGACGGCCAUCGACCAAAUGAGACAACCAAAAAAGUGUGACUUUCGUCAUCGCGCCGAACCAAUAGAAGUGCCUAUUCGCAGACAGGCGCAAAACAUUGAAAAUGACUCAACCCGGUUACCACUUCGUGUUUUGAACGAAUUGCGGGAGUUACUCGACACCGAGGAGACAUGCCGCGAUCAAGGCCCAGUUGUAACCUUCUCAACAAAUAGUAAGCUGCAAAAAGUUAGCCAUGAAGCAUUCUCCCCGCCACCAAGAGAGGAGGGUGGUAACACACAAAACAGGAGCAGACAUCGUGAGGAGCGACGUUCACGUACCGAUAAACGAAAAACAAAGUACACAGAUCCAGCUGACAUCUCCCGUGAUACGUUUUCUCAAACAUGUAACUCAUCAAACAACUUUACAACUCUUAUAGGAUUUUCAGACUCAGAAGCUUUGCAUGAAUCAGCGACGCAAUCACCCUAA